UAAAGAGAGAGAGAGCGACACGGAGCUCAGCACAGGGGGGAGCUGUCCGAAAAACACCAACAACACCCCGAAUAAGAAAAACUGCUCCGGAUUGGUGUCCUUUCGGCGUAGACGGACGAUUUGACUUAUUUCAGACCAGAGAUUUGUUUAAAUGGUAAAAACGCGCUAAGGUCCGAGGGAAGUGUAUUUUUCUGGGUAAAGUCAUCUCGCCAAAUGAACUCCGUCAGAGCGAGCAGCAGGAGACCCAGGCGAGUGUCGAGGCCGCGCCCGGUGCAGCCGGAAAGAAACAACGCAGAAAGAGGUACCAAUUGUGCAGUAGGAAAGGACAGACUGUAAGCCUCUCAGGUGAUCAGUACAUCAGGUAUUGACAGAUGAGGACAUCCCUGCAGAUAUGGUUGCAGAAGAAUCUGGUCCAGGAGCUCAAAACAGUCCAUACCAACUACGCAGAAAGUCCCUGUUGCCUAAAAGAACAGUGUGCCCCACAAAAAGCAGUAUGGAGGGAGCCUCCACUUCAGCCACAGAAAAUUUUGGUCACAGAGCGAAACGUGCAAGAGUAUCAGGAAAAUCCCAAGACUUGCCAGCCGCCCCUGCAGAGCAGUAUCUCCAAGAGAAGCUUCCAGAUGAAGUUGUUUUGAAGAUUUUCUCUUACCUGCUGGAGCAGGACCUGUGCCAGGCUGCCUGCGUAUGCAAGCGAUUCAGUGAACUUGCAAAUGACCCCAUCCUCUGGAAGAGACUGUACAUGGAGGUGUUUGAAUACACACGACCUAUGAUGCAUCCAGAGCCAGGAAAGUUCUACCAAAUCAACCCAGAAGAAUAUGAGCAGCCUAACCCUUGGAAGGAGAGCUUUCAGCAGUUGUAUAAAGGAGCACAUGUAAAGCCUGGAUUUGCAGAACACUUUUAUAGUAAUCCAGCCAGAUAUAAAGGCAGAGAGAAUAUGCUGUAUUACGACACCAUUGAGGAUGCACUGGGAGGGGUGCAGGAGGCCCAUUUUGACGGCCUGAUAUUUGUCCAUUCUGGCAUUUACACAGAUGAAUGGAUCUACAUUGAGUCCCCCAUCAUAAUGAUUGGUGCAGCCUCAGGGAAGGUAGCUGACAAGGUUGUCAUUGAAAACACUAGAGAUUCAACGUUUGUGUUUAUGGAGGGAUCUGAAGAUGCAUAUGUGGGCUACAUGACUAUCAGGUUCAACCCUGAUGAUAAAUCAGCCCAGCACCAUAAUGCUCACCACUGUUUGGAGAUCACGGUUAACUGCAGUCCUAACAUCGACCACUGUGUCAUCCGCAGCACCUGCACAGUGGGAUCAGCUGUGUGUGUAAGUGGUCAAGGUGCCGGUCCUACCAUCAAACACUGCAACAUCAGCGAUUGUGAAAACGUUGGGCUGUACAUCACUGAUCAUGCCCAAGGUAUUUAUGAAGAUAAUGAAAUCUCAAACAAUGCGCUUGCGGGCAUCUGGGUAAAAAACCAUGGUAAUCCAAUCAUCAGACGUAAUCAUAUUCACCAUGGCAGAGAUGUAGGAGUGUUUACCUUUGACCAUGGCAUGGGCUACUUUGAGAGCUGUAAUAUCCAUAGGAACAGGAUUGCAGGGUUUGAGGUGAAAGCAUACGCUAACCCAACAGUGGUACGAUGUGAGAUCCACCACGGCCAAACGGGCGGCAUCUACGUACAUGAGAAGGGCCGUGGCCAGUUUAUAGAAAAUAAAAUCUAUGCCAAUAACUUUGCAGGAGUGUGGAUCACAUCCAAUAGUGACCCAACAAUAAGGGGAAAUGCCAUCUUCAAUGGCAACCAAGGAGGCGUUUACAUAUUUGGUGAUGGGAGGGGCCUUAUUGAGGGAAAUGAUAUUUAUGGAAAUGCCCUGGCUGGCAUUCAGAUCAGAACAAACAGCUGUCCUAUAGUAAGACACAACAAGAUCCAUGACGGGCAGCAUGGAGGAAUCUAUGUGCAUGAAAAGGGCCAGGGUGUAAUAGAGGAGAAUGAGGUGUACAGCAACACACUGGCAGGCGUGUGGGUGACUACAGGAAGCACGCCAGUGCUCCGGAGGAACAGGAUACACAGCGGCAAACAGGUUGGGGUGUAUUUCUAUGACAAUGGGCACGGAGUACUGGAAGAUAAUGAUAUCUACAAUCACAUGUACUCUGGAGUCCAGAUCAGAACUGGAAGCAAUCCAAAAAUCAGAAGAAACAAAAUUUGGGGUGGGCAAAAUGGAGGCAUCCUUGUUUACAACUCAGGGCUGGGCUUCAUCGAGGACAAUGAGAUCUUUGAUAACGCCAUGGCGGGGGUGUGGAUUAAGACAGACAGCAAUCCCACGCUCCGCAGGAAUAAGAUCCACGAUGGUCGAGAUGGGGGCAUUUGCAUAUUCAAUGGUGGGAGGGGAUUGUUGGAAGAAAAUGACAUCUUCAGGAAUGCACAGGCUGGUGUUCUAAUUAGCACAAACAGCCACCCCGUGCUGCGGAAGAACCGGAUAUUUGACGGUUUUGCUGCAGGCAUUGAAAUCACAAACCAUGCCACAGCAACUUUGGAAGGCAAUCAAAUAUUCAACAAUAGAUUUGGAGGCUUAUUUCUAGCCUCUGGUGUCAACGUUACAAUGAAAGAUAAUAAAAUCAUGAACAAUCAAGAUGCCAUAGAAAAAGCUGUAAGCAGAGGUCAGUGUCUGUACAAGAUUUCCAGUUACACCAGCUACCCCAUGCACGAUUUCUACAGGUGUCACACCUGUAACACAACAGACCGAAAUGCAAUUUGUGUGAAUUGUAUUAAGAAGUGCCACCAAGGGCACGAUGUGGAGUUUAUACGGCAUGAUAGGUUUUUUUGUGACUGUGGCGCGGGUACAUUGUCCAAUCCUUGCACAUUGGCUGGAGAGCCGACCCAUGACACGGACACUCUGUAUGACUCCGCACCUCCCAUAGAAUCAAACACGUUACAGCACAACUGAGAUUGAACUUGUCCUCCAUCACAGCACCCUGGUCUUUCUUACCUGCCUACAAAUCCACAGCGCCUGCCAUUUCUGGGCCAGAGAGACCAUGUGUGCAAAGUGUAUGUGGAUAACUAAAAUGUCAGACAUGGAAUUAAUCAUUUUAAGAGAAACUAUCUUUGGAAAGAUAAAAUGCAAAACUCUGUAACUGUGUAAAGCUCCCUCAGUACUGGAUGCAGACUCCUGUAUAUUGCUAACUGAAUGCAAAUGGAUGCAAGGAGUUCUAUGCUCUUCACUUUAAACGUACAAAGUAAUGAUGGUUGGGAGAACAAUGGAAUGUUUGGAAGAGUAAAAUAUUGCGAAGCAAUAUGUUGACUCAGGAUUCUGAAGAUUAUGGAGGUUGGCGCCACAGUGGUAUUGAGAUUGGGAGGAGAGUAAACUUCCUUUGGUCCUUCCAACCUCAUAGCCCUAUGCUGUGAGCCUGCCAUGUGCUACUUCAGUGCUAGAUGGAUAUUCAAGAAGAGUUCUGCUGCAGUUUACGUACAGACAUGACCACGACCAGGGCCACUAGGAGCUAUAGAUGGCGGUUUCUCAGAUUAGAGGCAUAGUCAUACUAUUAUGGCUUUCCUCCAUGACUGUUUUUUGACAGCAGAUUUGCUGAAAUAUGUAUGAUACAAAAAAAUUAACCAAAAAAAAAAAACAACAAUGUGAUUAGCACUUGCUUUUUUUAAAAUAUGUUAAUAUGUUAUCCUGGUCUACAAAUAUGAUUUUAAUGCUUUCUCAUGUAGUUUUGUAUUUUCAGGCAAAAAAACAAAAACAAAAAAAUCUUACUGUAUUUGAAUGUCUUAUUUUAUUAUAUAUUAUUAUUAUUGUUAUUAAUAUUUUUGUUAGCACACAUUAGGCUCACUGUAAUCAUACUUGUGUCUCAGCAUAUAAAUUCUUUCUGUGAAAGAGGAAUAACAAAGAAACGAUCAGAAAAAUAACACUACAUUUUUCUCCAGCAUUUUUUAUUUUGUCCAAAUGAGGUGAACUCUUAACUUUUAAUUGACUGAUUGAUGUGUGGAACUUGUUCAACUUGCAGUUGUGCAUGUUCAUGAGGGUUUGCGUCACCUUUGUUGCGUCAGUUAUUAGAAAAAGGGUUAUUUUUCCCUGUUGUAUUUAUCUCUCAUAAUUCCCUUUCUAAAUAUUUGGAGCUAUAAUCUCCAAACAGUUGGAAGUGUUAACCAAGGGCCCAAAAAAUUGUGAAACAUGUUUGACCAUUAAUCUUGAGCCAGAUGAUUGAUUUUUUUUUUUUAUAUAUAUAUAAUAAACAGUCCUAGAGACUUUUCAUCUAAGUGUCCACAUUGUAGUAAAAUAUGAACAUCACUUUUUAAGUUAAACAGCUUUCGUUUGGGCCCAUGGCCUUACUUGUGCCUGUAACAUAUAGAUUUUUUAAAAGCCUCGCUGGAGUUGGUUAUAUUGGAGGCCUCUGGCCUCUUUAAAGCUGAGAAAAGUAUCUACACCUCAUUGUCUUUUUGCCCCUCAAACUCCAUCUAUGUGUAAUGUAGUGACUGUGGCUUCUCAUGCAGCCUGAAUUUUAUGCAUGUGUACCAUAACAUCUAGACUUAAUAUAUUGUGAAGUCUUCAAUAACCAUUAUGUAGUUGCUAGUAUGAAUUUAAAAAGGGUUUAAUUUCCUAGAAAAGAACAGAAACUGGUCAUUUUUAAGAAAAUAAACUUUAUUAGG